AUGCGGUCGUCUAUUAGCGCCAAAGCUUUCGUGACUGGCGGGUGGCGGCGCGAGGUGCGGCGCGCCAAGAUGCGUUACUGCCGUCUGCUCGCGCCGCUCGACCCGCGCCUUCCAAGCGCACGGAUCACCUGUUCGCUCAAUCUCCGCAUCGUACGCGGGCCGCACCGGCGAACGACCUCCAUCGUCUUCUACCCGCCGCUCAGCGCGGCCGUGCGCCGCUCAGCUCGCGCGAUGGUUCGGCGGCCGAGUGCCACACAGCGGCAGCUUCCAGGCGACAAGCGCGUCGGGAGCGCCGCAGUAAAGAAUACGCAUGGACGGUUUCUAUUGAUGCGACAACGCAGAGCGCUCGUCUGUGAUCGUCGCCGCAUCCAUCUUGCCGAGUUUGCUAUGGCAACCUGCUGGCACACUGCUCGGAGUCUGGCUUCCAGCUGGCUGGGAUUCGCGCGCGGUCACCUGUCCGGGAAGAGGCUGAGUGCAUUAGGUGUGCAGAAGUCGGACUGUCGUUGGUUCGUGCCGCAGACCUACCACGAGCCGAUGUCGGGCACGCUGAACACUCUACCCUGUCUCGCGCUCGUACUCUACAAGGAGAAUGCCGUGUUUCACAUGCACCCGCUCGCGCAGAUCUGCAUGUGUAACCUUGCGAUCACAGCCGCUCUCAAUGACAUGAGGAUGGCACAGUCUGAGCCGGUGACGACGCGUCAGUGCCUGCACCUUGUGCAAUACGCCACUUCUACCGUACAGACCCUCGGUGGACACUUCUUCAAAGUUCCCGACUAUUUGGAGUUGUCGCAACCGCAUGUGUAUAGUCACCCAGAACUAUGUCAGAUAGCUGUGAUAACACUCGUUGGAUACUCUGUGAUACAGAAAGCUGGACACAUCAUGACCUCACUGACGUCAGGAACACACGGCUUUGAGCUGAUCGGCUUGAAAUGGCUGCCCUCGCUCAGCCACCAGCAGGCGGCCGCCAUCACGCGAGCCGAGCCCGGUGACGCCACCUGGCGGGCGAGCAUCACCCAUCUCACGCAGGCCGGGCCGGCGGUCGUGCUCGCCGUGCGAGGCUUGGACGCGUACACCUGCCUGCUGCCCCCCCCCCGACCACACGCUGACAGUGGGCCGGCGGUCGCUGCCGCGUGUCGCGAGGACUUGGACGCGUACACCUGCCUGCUGCGCAGCCUCGCGACCGACGACGUCUACUACGUGUCGCCGUCACCGGCCGUCGCCUACCGGCAGCUGCGCGGCUUCUUCUACGACAACGAGCUGUUCCCAGACAGCAGUGCCAACGACCUGCUGAAGCUGCUGCCUCCCUCACACCAGCACGCGGUCAGUAGCAAGGUGGCGCCGCCGAGCAGCGGGCGGGAGCCGUGCGGCGACGCGGUGUCGGCAGCGGGAGAGGAGCACGUGCUGGCGUCGAUGCUCGUGCCGCCCGUCGCCGCGACGUCUCUGCUCGUGCUGAAGCCAGGCGUCGCUGAGAGACACGCGGGCAGACUGCUGCGCAAGCUCAGCCUCAGUGGCUUCACCGUCGUCGCGCUGCGGCUGGAGAUGCUGCCGCCGGCACUCGCCGACGCGAUAUCACCGCGUGACGUCUCACACGAGCAGCAUCUGCAGCAUCUGGCUUCGGGGCCUUGUCUCGCGCUUGCAGUGCAGCGCGUCAAUGCCGUAAAGAAGAUGCUCGACCUCGUGGGGCCGACGGACCCGGCGCGAGCACGCACCUAUAGCCCCUGCUUCUGGCGCUCCCUGUACGGCAAGGACAGCGUCGCCAAUGCCUUCUAUGCUCCCGACAGCUACGCGUCAGCGACGACGGCCGUGCGUCUUUUCUUCCCGGACGGCGUCUGCUGCAGAGCGACGGCUGAGAUGUCACGCGCGGGCGUCGCCGAGCAGACAGAGGACGUGGCGCCGCCGAGCAGCGGGCGGGAGCUGUGCGGCGACGCGGUGUCGGCAGCGGGAGAGGAGCACGUGCUGGCGUCGAUGCUCGUGCCGCCCGUCGCUGCGACGUCGCUGCUCGUGCUGAAGCCAGGCGUUGCAGAGAGACACGCGGGCAGGCUGCUGCGCAAGCUCAGCCUCAGUGGCUUCACCGUCAUCGCGCUGCGGCUGGAGAUGCUGCCGCCGGCACUCGCCGACGCGAUAUCACCGCGCGACGUCUCACACGAGCAGCAUCUGCAGCAUCUGGCUUCGGGGCCUUGUCUCGCGCUUGCAGUGCAGCGCGUCAACGCCGUAAAGAAGAUGCUCGACCUCGUGGGGCCGACGGACCCGGCGCGAGCACGCACCUAUAGCCCCUGCUUCUGGCGCUCCCUGUACGGCAAGGACAGCGUCGCCAAUGCCUUCUAUGCUCCCGACAGCUACGCGUCAGCGACGACGGCCGUGCGUCUGUUCUUCCCGGACGGCGUCUGCUGCAGAGCGACGGCUGAGAUGUCACGCGCGGGCGUCGCCGAGCAGACAGAGGACGCCACGUGUACCUCGUCGCCCCGCGCGUGUACCGUGCUGCCGCCCGAGCCAGGCUGUCUGCACGCGUCGCCGCUGGUGGAGGUGUCCUGCCUCGUGCUGCUGCCCCCGCUCGUGCCGGCGCCUGGAGCUGCAGUGAAGCCCGCCCCGUACGUGCAGGUCGUCGAGGAGCUGCAGCGGCAACGCUUCUCACUCGUCGGCGCAAGGAUGACGCGGCUGUCGGAGCCGCAGCGAGCGCGCCUCGUCAAGACCUGCGAGCUGAGAGACGACAAGCUGGUGGCGCUGCUGGCGCGAGGACCGUGCUUGCUGCUGGCAGUGCAGCGUGACAACGCCGUCAGCUGUUUCACUCAGAUCCUGAGAGAUGGCGCCAGUGACUCGGUGCUCGUCGACUACUGCAAGUUGAUUCUGCGGCCGAAAACAACUGCUCAGGCUUGCGACAUGCUCGCCCUCCUCUUCGACAGGCUGAUGCCCGGCAGCCGGGCGGAGAUCACCACGGCAACGGCAGCUGCAACGAAGUGAUGCCUUACAAUGGAGAGAACUAAACGGGGUACACCCUAAUUGCUGCAGAAACAACAUGGCCGUUGAGUGCUGACCUCCUGUCAUACGUUUCAUCAGAAGGGAAAAACAAGCGUUGUGAUUCGACACGUCGGCGAAGCGGACGCUAUUUCAGCGCCACCAGGCUGUGCACCGCGCCGUUUACCGAUCGUAGCCACCGUGUGGUAUAGUUAUUGUAUUGCUGGGAUUUGGGAAGGAGCGGCACCGUCUCUUGCAGACGAUUUCGUGCAUUUUCGUCGUCAUUGUUGUACAGUACACUAACCGUGGUAAUCUGUAGGAAAGAAUUUGUGAUCAUUUCCUGUACGUCGUGCGUGUCAUCGUUAUACACACCAUGUGCCAAUUCUCAUCAACUCGAGAUUGACUCGGACUCGACAUGAACGUUGCCGGUAUGAAACAAUAAAUAUAGCACGAAUACGGCUCUCAGUAAAUUCAAAGAAUCUUCUCGAAACGCAGUCGAGUAGGUUGAAGGUUUGGAAUUGGUGGUUGGGUGGGGAGCGUAUGUGUAUAUAUAUAUGUGUGUGUGUGUGUGUGUGUGUGCGUGUGCGUGUGCGUGUGCGUGUGCGU